AUGUCUACGAAGGCAGAGCAAUUUGCCUCUAAGAUACGAUACUUGCAAGAGUAUCACAACCGGGUGCAGCACAAUAUAUACCCGGUGCCGUCCGGGACAGACAUCGCCAACACUCUGAAAUACUUCUCCCAGACUCUGCUCAGCAUUCUGUCCCGCACAGGCAGGAAGGAGAACCAGGAAGCUUCCAAUUUGGCCGUGCCCAUGACCAUGUGUCUUUUUCCUGUGCCAUUCCCACUCACCCCAUCUCUAAGACCACAAGUCAGUUCCAUCAACCCUACAGUUACUCGCUCCCUCCUUUACAGCGUUCUGCGCGAUGCCCCGUCAGACCGCGGGGGGCCGGGGCAGGGGCAGCAGAGUCGGGACGCUCAGCUCUCAGAGUACCCCUCUCUGGACUAUCAGGGCCUCUAUGUGACCCUCGUGACCCUGCUUGACCUGGUGCCCCUGCUGCAACACGGGCAGCAUGAUUUGGGACAGUCCAUAUUUUACACUACAACUUGCCUCCUGCCCUUUCUCUUUGACGAUAUUCUCAGCACUUUACCCUAUACCAUGAUCUCCACUUUAGCCACUUUUCCUCCCGUCCUUCACAAAGACAUCAUUGAGUACCUGUGCACUUCUUUCCUUCCCAUGGCAAUAUUGGGCUCCACGCGGAGGGAAGGGGGAGUUCCUGCUUAUGUGAACCUGUCUGCCUCCUCAAUGCUCAUGAUCGCCAUGCAGUACACCACCAACCCAGUCUAUCACUGUCAGCUGCUGGAAUGUCUCAUGAAGUACAAACAGGAAGUAUGGAAGGACCUGCUGUAUGUGAUCUCCUAUGGUCCGUCACAAGUCAAGCCUCCAGCCGUGCAGAUGCUGUUUCAUUACUGGCCUAAUCUAAAGCCUCCGGGGGCCAUCAGUGAAUACAGAGGCCUGCAGUACACUGCCUGGAAUCCGAUCCACUGCCAACACAUCGAGUGCCACAACGCCAUCAAUAAGCCGGCAGUAAAGAUGUGCAUAGAUCCCACCCUGUCCGUUGCCCUGGGAGACAAGCCCCCGCCCCUGUACAUAUGUGAGGAGUGCAGCCAGAGGAUCGCAGGCGACCAUCCGGAAUGGCUUGUGGACGUACUUCUACCACAAGCGGAGAUAUCGGCAAUUUGUCAGAAGAAGAACUGCAGCUCUCACGUCCGGCGCGCAGUGGUCACUUGCUUCUCGGCCGGCUGCUGCGGGCGCCAUGGCAACCGGCCCGUCCGCUACUGCAAGCGUUGCCAUGUCAACCACCACAGCGAGGUGGGGGCUGCGGCGGAGACCCAUCUGUAUCAGACCUCGCCGCCGCCCGUCAACACGCGGGAGUGCGGCGCGGAGGAGCUGGUGUGCACCGUGGAGGCCGUCAUCAGUCUUCUCAAAGAGGCAGAGAUCCAUGCGGAGCAGCGAGAGUUUGAGAUGAACAGGCGCAGACAGAUGGGCCUGUCCUCGUCCCAUCACUCCCUGGAUAACAUCGAGUACGACAACAAGGAGGACGACCAGCACGACCAGCGCCUGCUCAGCCAGUUUGGCAUCUGGUUCCUGGUGAGCUUGUGCACGCCCAACGAGAACACCCCCACAGAGAGCCUGGCGCGCCUGGUCAGCAUGGUGUUCCAGUGGUUCCACUCCACCGCCUACAUGAUGGACGACGAGGUGGGCAGCCUGGUGGAGAAGCUCAAGCCCCAGUUUGUCACCAAGUGGCUGAAGACCGUGUGCGAAGUGCGCUUUGACGUCAUGGUCAUGUGCCUGCUUCCCAAACCGGCCGAGUUCGCAAGAGUGGGAGGAUACUGGGACAAGUCGUGCAGCGCCGUGACUCAGCUGAAGGAGGGUCUGAACAGGAUCUUGUGCCUGAUUCCUUAUAAUGUCAUCAGUCAGCCUCUGUGGGAGUGCUUUAUGCCCGAGUGGCUGGAGUCCAUCCGCACAGAGGUGCCAGACAACCAGCUCAAAGAGUUUCGGGAGGUGCUCAGCAAAAUGUUUGAUAUCGAGCUGUGUCCGCUGCCAUUCUCAAUGGAGGAAAUGUUUGGCUUCAUCAGCUGCAGAUUUUCCGGGUACCCAGCUUCUGUGCAGGAGCAGGCUCUUCUGUGGCUGCAUGUUUUGUCAGAGCUGGACAUCGUGGUCCCACUGCAGCUCCUCAUCGGGAUGUUCUCAGAUGGGGUCAACUCUUUGAAGGAACUGGCCAAUCAGAGGAAGGCUCGUGCUGAUCUGUCUGGCAACACUGGAGCCCGCCGGGUGAGUGUGGUGUCGGAUCCAGGCCGCAGGGGGCAGCACAACACCCUCAGCCCCUUCCCCAGCCCGUUCAGGAGCCCCUUCCGGAGCCCUCUGAGGUGCAGCCCCUUUAAGAACCUGGGUCAUGCCACGGCAAACUGCGCCCUGGACCUGGACUGUGACGACGACGACAUGAACCUGGGCUGCUUCAUCCUCAUGUUCGACCUCAUCCUGAAGCAGAUGGAGCUCCAGGACGACGGGGUGGUGUUGGGUCUGGACAGCAGUCUGGGCAAGGACAUCGUGGGUAUCAUCAACAACGUAUUCCAGGCCCCGUGGGGAGGCUGCCAUACCUGCCAGAAGGACGAGAAGGCCCUGGAGUGCAGCCUGUGCCAAUCCAGUAUCCUCUGCUACCAACUGGGCUGCGAGCUGCUGGAGAGGCUGACCCCCCGCGAAGAGAUCCGCCUGGUGGAGCCCACUGACAGCCUGGAGGAGACCCUGAUCCUUCCUCCUUCAUCUGCCUUCUCCCUCGGGGCAGAGACGAAAGAGUGUGAGGAGGAAGACAACCCCAGCGCCACGAGCACCACCACCACAGAAAACCCCAGCAACCCCUCCCCUGACAAUCCAACAUUGAAAAACAACUCAGAUGUGAAGUUCUCCUACCAACAACUCCCAGUGUCUUUGAAGCUUAUUUACACUGUCCUUCAGGAAAUGUCCAAGUUUGAGGAGCCAGACAUUUUGUUCAACAUGCUGAACUGCCUGAAGAUCUUGUGCCUCCACGGAGAGUGCCUGUACCUGGCCCGCAAGGACCACCCUCAGUUCUUGGCUUAUAUCCAGGAGAAGAUGCUCAUCCCGUGCCUGUGGUCCAUGUUAAAGUCAGAGUUUUGCCAGCUGGCGUCUCUGGCAGUGCCUCAGCUCCUUCACGCCCUUUCUCUGUCCCACGGAGCGGACAUCUUCUGGAAGCUUAUCAACACCAACUUCAACCAUCAAGACUGGAAGAUCCGAUUUGAAGCAGUGGAGAAAGUGGCAGUUCUGUGUCGCUUCCUGGACAUCGGUGCGGUCACUAAAAACCACCUGCUCAAGUAUUCCCUGGCCCAUGCCUUCUGCUGUUUCCUGGCUUCAGUGGAGGACGUCAACCCAUCUGUGGCAACGCGGGCUCGGCUUCUUCUGGACACCAUCAAGAGGCCGGCCCUACAGGGCUUGUGUCUGUGCAUGGAUUUCCAGUUUGACACUGUUGUGAGAGAUCGGCCCAUUAUCCUGAGCAAGCUGCUGCUGCUACACUUCCUUAAAAAAGAUAUUCCGGCUCUGAGCUGGGAGUUCUUUGUCAACCGCUUCGAAACGCUGUCUUUGGAGGCACAGCUUCACUUAGACUGUAACAAGGAGUUCCCUUUCCCCACCACCAUCACAGCAGUGCGCACCAAUGUAGCCAACCUGAGCGACGCCGCCAUGUGGAAGAUCAAGAGGGCCCGCUUCGCCCGCAACAGACAGGACGGGGUGCGCUCUCUCCGGAACAGCGUGAAGGGAACCCCACAGACGGACAGCUCCCCAGAAGCCAAGCGCGCCUUUUCUCUGCCCGAGACUCUGGGCAACAAGAUCCCUCUAGGACUUACGAGGCAAGAACACUCUGCUCCAACACUGGGAGAUAUGAUAGAUGUCCUUUCAGGCCAAACCCCUUCGCCUGAAGACGACAGCAUCAUCAAAGACCUGCUCCCGGAAGACGCAGGAAUCGACCACCAGACCGUCCACCAGCUCAUUAUGGUGCUCAUGAAGUUUAUGGCCAAGGACCAGAGCAGCGCGGAGGCCGACCUGGGCAGUGCCAAAGCCUUCAACACGGUCAAACGCCACCUCUAUGUGCUGCUGGGAUACGACCAGCAGGAGGGCUGCUUCAUGAUCGCCCCUCAGAAGAUGCGCACUUCCACCUGCUUCAAUGCUUUCAUCGCAGGCAUCGCACAGGUGUUGGACUACAACAUCGGCCUGGGGAAGCAGCUGCUCCCCCUGGUGGUGCAGGUGUUGAAGUACUGCACGUGUCCUCAGCUCAGGCAUUACUUCCAGCAGCCUCCGCGCUGCUCGCUCUGGGCUCUGAAACCACACAUCCGGCAGAUGUGGCUCAAAGCUCUACUCGUCAUCCUUUACAAGUAUCCAUACCGAGACAUGGACGGCAACAAAGUGGUGCUCCAUCUCAUCCACAUCACCAUCAACACGCUGAACGCCCAGUACCACAGCUGUCGACCCCACGCCACGGCCGGGCCCCUGUACAGCGACAACUCCAACAUGAGCCGCUACAGCGAGAAGGAAAAGGAGGAGGACAGUGUGUUCGAUGAGUCAGAUGUCCACGACACGCCGACGGGUGCCGCUAACAAGGAGUCACAGACCUUCUUUGCCAGACUCAAGAGGAUCGGAGGCAACAAGUCUGUGAAGUACCAGCCUGUGGAGCUGAAUGCCAAGAGAAGUGAAAUCGAGCUGUCUGAGUACCGUGAAGCCAGUGCGCUCCAGGACAGCAUCCUGCACUGCGUCCGCGAGGAGAGCACGCGUAAGAAGCGCCUCCAGGCCAUGCACAAGCAGAAGUCUUUGGACAUCUCCAACACAGACUCUCUCCUUUUCAACUUGGACGAACACCGGCGGAAAUCCUGCAUCGACCGCUGCGACUUACAGGCACCUGCCGCCAUCCUGGCCCCUUCCUCCCGCGGCAGACAUCACGGCAAAGGAUCUUCCGACGGCUCCUCGGUCAGGGCUGUAGAUCUGGCAGACAGGAGGGGGUCACGGGGAGGCCAUUCCGACAUAUCCAAACCGGUCAUCCCAGAGGUACGUCUCAGUUGCAUGGAGACAUUCGAGGACAAGGAAGAUCAAGAUUCCCCGUGCGAUUCAGGGCAGGACAAAGACGACCAGGACCUCAUCGAUCUCUCCUCGGAUUGCACAUCGAUUCCAGAGAAGCACUCGCUGCUCUCCAUGUCCGACACGGAUUCGCUGGUGUUCGAACCGCUGCCACCGCUGAGGAUUGUAGAAAGCGACGAGGAAUUCGAUCUCAGCACCAUUAUAGCCUCCAAGCUCAUAGGAAGCCCCAGACUGUCCACAUCGCCAGCAAGCAGCAAUACUUUGAGGCUGUCCCCACUGGUGCAAUCCAGUAUGGAGGAUGGGUCUUUCGAUAAGAACAUGGAAGAGCAAUCGGAGAAGAAGGAUGUUGAGAAGAAACCGGGGCUGUUUACACCAAGCACGUCUUUAGACUUAUCAGAAAAGGCCGACAACAUCUCUCACGAAAGCCAACUGACGCUCAAGCAAAAGCGUGAUUUGCUCAGGAAAACGCCGCACGUGCCGGACAACUCUUUAGACGAGGCUUAUGACGGGAACUCAGGUCGGACAGUCUUCCUGGACAUCCCGGAGGACAAAACAGAGUCGCCAUCCUCCACUGAGAAGAGCAAAAGUAACAGCAACGAUGAGGAAGAGUACGGAGAUGAUGAGGAGGAUGAAGAUAUGGGGGACGAAGGAGACAGCGAUCCCAAACCGGAGAACACGGAAGAACUAGAAGAGUCAGAGUUUAAGAUUCAGAUCGUUCCCAGGCAGCGGAAAGAGAGGAAGAUCGCGGUCAGUGCCAUUCAGAGGGAGUAUUUGGAUAUUUCCUUCAACACUUUUGAUAAACUUGCCACUGAGACGAUCGUUGAAGCAGACCACAAAGUCCUGUCCACAUUGGAAAAACCCAGAGAAUCGGCUUCAGCCCCCACCCUUGAAGCAGCUUUACCUGAAACUAGUCACCGCUCUUCCGUGUCAACUCAGUACCGCGCGGUGAAGAGGGGCUCUCUGGGUGCUCUGACCAUGAGCCAGCUGAUGAAGAGGCAGCUGGAGCAUCAGUCCAGUGCCCCUCACAACAUCAGCACAUGGGACACAGGUCCGACCAAAACCAGCCUCCUGUCGGCCCCCAGCACCGUGAGCAUGUUUGUGCCGGCACCAGAGGAGUUCAUCGACGAGCAGCCCACCACCAUGUCUGACAGAUGUCGCGACUGUGCUGCUGUGCUGGAGGAGUACGACGAGGAAACCCUGGGCCUGGCGGUGGUCGUGUUGUCCAUGUUCAUCCACCUCAGUCCGGAUCUGGCCGCUCCCAUGCUCCUGGACAUUAUGCAGUCCGUGGGCAGGCUUGCCUCCAGCGCCAAUUUUUCAGGGCAAGCGGAAAGCAUGUUGAUCCCAGGGAACGUAGCAGGGGUGGCAAAGCAGUUUCUCCGCUGCAUGUUCCACCAACUGGCCCCGAAUGGAAUCUUACCUCAACUUUUCCAAAGCAACAUCAAAGAUGGAAGCUUCCUGAGAACCCUCGCAUCCUCGCUCAUAGACUUCAACGACCUGAGUUCUGUGGCUGCCCUGAACAUGCUCCUCGAGGGAUUAAACAAUAAGAAAAGUCUCCCAGCAGGCGGCACGAUGCUUCACUGUCUCGAAAACAUCGCUACCUUCAUGGAGGCCCUCCCCAUGGACUCCCCCAGCAACCUGUGGACCACAAUCUGCAACCAGUUCCAGACAUUUCUCACUAAACUGCCCUCCGUGCUCCCUCUCAAGUGCCCCAUGGACUCCAGUUUGCGGAUUAUCAUUUGUCUUCUGAAAAUCCCAAGCACAAAUGCAACCAGGAGCCUCCUGGAGCCUUUCUCUAAGCUGCUGAGCUUUGUUAUCCAGUAUGGCACCUUCAGCCUGUCCUACCUGGUCGAGCUGUGCGGCCUGUGCUACAAAUCUUUUAACAAGGAGAGGGAUAAGUUCUACAUGUCUCGCAUCGUGGUGCUGGAGCUGCUGCAGGCGCUCAAGUUCAAGUCCCCCCUGCCCGACACCAACCUGCUCCUGCUGGUCCAGUUUGUUUGUGCAGAUAUCGGGACACGUCUUGCUGAAUCCACCAUCAUCCAGAAGCACAUGAUCGCCACACUGCCGGGGUGCACCACAGCAGCCAUGGAGUGCAUGAGGCAGUACAUCAGUGAGCUGCUGGACUUCAUCGCCGACAUGCACACGCUGACCAAGCUCAAGAGCCACAUGAAAGCCUGCUGUCAGCCCCUGCAUGAGGACACGUUUGGGGGGAACCUGAAGGUGGGACUGGCUCAAGUGGCUGCCAUGGAGAUCAGCAAGGGCAAUCACCGCGACAACAAGGCUGUGCUGCGCUACCUUCCCUGGCUCUACCACCCCCCCUCCACCAUGCAGCAGGGGCCAAAAGAAUUCAUCGAGUGUGUGUCACACAUCCGUCAGCUGUCCUGGCUGCUCCUGGGCGCACUGACCCACUGUGCCCUGCAUCAGGGCUCCACCUCCUGCAUGCCUAUCCCCCUGGACGCCGGCUCCCACAUCGCAGACCAUCUUAUCGUCAUCCUGAUCGGCUUUCCAGAACAGUCCAAGACGUCGGUGCUGCACAUGUGCUCGCUCUUCCACGCCUUCAUGUUUGCUCAGCUCUGGACCAUCUACUGUGAGCAGGCGGCGGCGGCCCCCUCCCUGCAGAACCAAAACCAGACCGAGUUCUCCUCCACCGCCAUCCUUACGGGCCUGGAGUUCUGGAGCCGUGUCACCCCCAGCAUCCUGCAGCUCAUGGCCCAUAACAAAGUGAUGGUGGAGAUGGUGUGUCUUCAUGUGAUUAGUUUGAUGGAGGCCUUACAGGAAUGCAACUCCACUAUAUUUGUCAAGCUCAUCCCCAUGUGGCUGCCAAUGAUUCAAUCCAACCUUAAGCACCUGUCCGCGGGGCUGCGUCUGCGCCUCCAGGCCAUCCAGAACCGGGUCAACCACCAGUGCCUGCAGGGGAAGGCGGCCGGUACUCCUCCGGUGGCUCUCCGCAAAUGGCUGCAGUGCACACAGUUCAAAAUGGCGCAGAUAGAGAUCCAGUCCUCUGAGGCCGCCUCGCAGUUCUACCCCAUGUGA